AGCUAAUAAUGGAAAGAACUAAAUUGAAAAUAGUCAAUUUUAGAGUAGUGCAAGUUAUUCUUAAAUUGUGAGUUUUUGGUCAACUUUAAACGGCCAUAACUUUCAGCAAAUUAUGAGUUAGGUAGCCCAUGAGAUAUAAAAUUAAAGGGCAUUGAGCCAUCUUUCCAGUGUUGCUGAGUUAGCUAAAAUCCAAGUUCGGAUGAGGGAGAUAUGUCCGUUUGAGUUCAACUUGUCCAAUUAAGAAAACUCAUCCGAAUUAACGAGGUGCAUUUUAUUUUUUUUUCCUUAACCCACUAGGCCUGCACGUUUUGUUUGCUCAAUUAGGGGUCCAAGCUGAUUAAAAUACAUUUUCACUCAAUCUAAAGCGUUCAAGAAAACUAGGGCAAUGUUCAAAAGGAGAAAAGAUGAGAUUUCAACGAGUUCUUCAAGAAUUUGGGGAAAUUGCCAAGAAGGUGGAUCUUCCGAGUAUUUAGGGUCAUCAACAGCUCUCCAAUGAUGCCACUUACAAUUGUAGUUAGUUUUGUGGGUUUUUGAAGAUGAAUACUUCGAUUUUGAUGAGACAUUCCGGAAUUUGGGUGAACGAAUUGCAGUAUGAAAAUUACAAAAUUGAUGGAAUCGUUGUUGGAGAUUCAAUUUCGUUUUCUAAUCUCAAAGCAGCAAUUGCGGCCGAGUUGGACAUUGAUGUAUCAAGGAAAGAAAUUGAAAUUCGAUACAUUGUAGAAGGUCAGAUAUACAAGGAUAAAGCAACACUUGUAGAUGUGAUGACGAAAUAUAAGAUAAAGAACAACUUCAACUGCAAAGUGAAGAGGUCUGAUCAACAAAGCUAUGUGUUGGUAUGCUUUUCAGACAAAUGUGGUUGGACUAUGAAGGCGUCGUGCAGGAAAAAAUCUGAUAUAUUCAUUGUUAGAAAUUUCAAUAGUGAACAUACGUGUCCGAUGAGGGAGAGGGUAUUAACCAAAGUCCAAGCAACAGUGGAAUUUGUAAGUGGAGUGACAGCUCCAAAAUUGGUCAAUUAUAAACGAAUUUAUACACCAAGGGAUAUAAUUGAUGAUAUUAGAGAAUAUUAUGGUGUUGAAAUAUCUUAUCAGCAAGCAUGGCGUGCUAAAGAACGUGCACUCUCCAUGAUUAGAGGAAAACCAUCUGCUGGAUAUAGACGGAUGCCGCGAUACAUACACAUGUUAAAAACUGUGUAUCCAGAUUCUUAUAUAAGAAUGCAUAAGACUGAAGAGGAUGAAUUUAUGUAUCUGUUCAUCGCCUUAAGACCAUUCAUUAGGGGAUUUAAAUACUGCAGACCAGUAGUUGUUGUGGAUGGUGCACAUCUGAGUGGAGCUUACAAAAGGACAUUUGUAUCAGCAAGCACACUUGAUGGCGCAGGUUGCAUAUUUCCAUUGGCAUAUGGUGUUGUUGACACCGAAAAUGAUUGUUCGUGGAAAUGGUUUUUUGAACAGUUCAAACAUGCAUUUGGCAAUAGAAAAGAUAUGUGUGUUGUUUCAGAUAGAAAUGAGAGUAUCAUGAAGAGUGUAAGGAUUGUGUUCCCCGAUGUACCUCAUUAUGCAUGCAUCUGGCAUCUUUGGAAGAAUGUAUGUGGAAACUUCAAAAGGAGCAGAAAGGCCAUAAGUGAUCUAUUCUACUCUAUGGUCAAGGCAUAUAGAAAGGAAGAUUUUGAUAAGUUGAUGGCUAAGGUUGAUAGAAUUGAUCACAGGGUUAAGGAGUACCUUGAAUAUGCAGGUUACGAAAAGUGGUCAAGAGUUCAUGCAACAGUAAACAGAGGUAGAAUGAUGACUUCAAACAUUGCAGAAUGUAUCAAUGGUUGUCUUGUUGAAGCACGCCAAUUAACUAAAUUAGAAUUCUUGGAAGAGGUUAGAAUUCUUUUUGGAUCUUGGCAUUGCAAAAACAGAGAAGUAGCCUCAUACACAAAGGACACAUUAGGUAGAAAAUUUUUGAGGAAUUGUUGAUUAUAAACGCAGCUAAAAGUUCAAAAAUGGAGGUUGUUCCAUCAUCUAAGUUUAUUUUCUCGGUUUAUGAAAAUGGAAGAAGAUAUAUUGUUUGUUUUGAGCGGAAAGUAUGUUGUUGUGGUAGAUUUCAACUAGAUGAGAUACCUUGUUCACAUGCAAUAGCUGUAUUGAAAAAAAAGAAUGUCACCGAUAUGAAUCCGUAUUGCUCUGAUUAUUACAAGUCUGAUGCGUUGGCAAAAACAUAUGAAAUUCCAAUGGUGCCAAUGCCAGACAAGAAAGAUUGGUCAGAUCCUAAACACGUGGUAGCUGAAACUGUGUAUCCACCUAGAUACAGAAGAUCAUCUGGACGACCA